CUUCCCUCCUCACAGAUCUAUCCCAUCCAUCUGCCACGGGAGACACGAACCCGUAGGGCCCUGCUCAUCUGCAACAUCGAGUCUGAGCACUUGAGCCGGCGGGAUGGGGCUGAAGUGGAUGUGGAGGGGAUGACAAAGCUGCUGGAAGGGCUGGGCUGCGUGGUGGACGUCCAUCAUGACUUAACUUCCCAGAUGACUAUGGUCAUGAAGGAUUUUGCAAAUCACAAAGAGCACUGCACCUCUGACAGCACCUUCCUGGUCCUCAUGUCCCAUGGGGUCAGCUGUGGGACCAAGAGCAGAGGUGAGACCACAGACAUCCUUUCCCUCGACACCAUCUACGAGAAAUUCAACAACAAGCGCUGCCACGCGCUGCUGGGCAAACCCAAAGUGGUCAUUAUCCAGUCCUGCCGUGGAGACAAGGUGGGGUCUGUGAUGGAGAGUGACUCCGGCCACCCUGCCGUGCCUGCUCCCAGCUGGGCUCACACCGUCCCUGCAGCGCUGGAAGAUGAUGCCAUCUUUGAAGUCCACCUGGAGAGUGAUUUUGCCACUCUACAUUCCUCCACGCCUGAUACUGUCUCCUGGAGAGGCUCAGCAAUGGGCUCCCUUUUCAUCCAGCGCCUGAUGGAGCAGGUCCAAUAUUCCUGUGGAAAAUUCCCUCGGCAGUUGCCAACACAAGAACGGACCACGAUGCUCAGGAAGUUCUACCUCUUCCCAGGCCACUGA